UGUUGCGAGGCGUUUUGUUGGGUGGAUGAGGUCGAGCUGCGGCCUGCGUAAUUAUGGCUCCUCUUCCCAUCAAGUUCACGGAGCUCAUCAAUUUGACGAGUGCCGAUAUUGACGUAUGUUCCAUGCCUCCUCCGGCCCUCCCCGCUCCCCGACAACACUGCCGCCUGCCUGCCUGCUCGUGGUGCUGGCCUGUCCCGGCCCGCCGGCUUGCGUCGCUCGUGCUUUCUCCCUCUCAUCACUGUUGCUGUUACUGACAUGCGUUUAUCCUGUACAGCAAAGCUCCAUUGGCUUCAACUCAAGUACCCUAGAGUCCGACCACUACGUCUGCGUCCGACAAAAAAUUAAUGAAAACGACAAGCCCCAAGUCAUCAUCGUCGAUCUCAAGAACAAUAAUGAAGUCAUCCGGCGCCCGAUCAACGCCGACAGUGCGAUCAUGCACUGGUCGAAAAACAUCAUUGCUCUCAAGGCUCAGGGUAGAACGAUCCAGAUCUUUGACCUCACCGCCAAGCAAAAGCUCAAGUCGUCGGUGAUGAACGAGGAUGUCGUCUACUGGAAGUGGUUCAGCGAGAAGAGUCUCGGUCUGGUUACGGAGAACUCCGUUUACCACUGGGAUGUCUUCGACCCAACCCAGUCACAGCCGCUCAAGGUGUUCGACCGCCUCCCCAACCUAGCGGGUUGCCAAAUCAUCAACUACCGUGUAAAUGACGAGGAGAAGUGGAUGGUGGUCGUCGGUAUUGGCCAGCAGCAGGGACGCGUUGUUGGGUCGAUGCAGCUCUACUCCAAGGAGCGUGGUAUCUCUCAGUUCAUCGAGGGUCAUGCGGCGGCUUUUGCCUCUAUUCGUGUCGAGGGUUCUCCUCUGGAACACAGACUCUUCACCUUUGCUGUCCGGACCGCCACCGGCGCCAAGCUGCAAAUCGCCGAGAUCGACCAUCAAGAGCCUAACCCGCGCUUCCAGAAGAAGGCGGUCGAGGUGUAUUUCCCCCAGGAAGCCGUCAACGACUUCCCCGUCGCCAUGCAGGUGUCGAGGAAGUACGACAUCGUCUACCUCGUCACCAAGUAUGGCUUCAUCCACCUGUACGACCUGGAGACAGGCACCUGCAUCUUCAUGAACCGAAUCUCCAGCGAGACCAUCUUCACCACGGCACCCGACUCGGAAGGUGCUGGCCUUGUCGGUGUCAACCGAAAGGGUCAGGUCUUGUCCGUCAGCAUCGAUGAGAGCACCAUCAUCCAGUACCUCAUGGAGAAUCCUGCCAUGUCUGGACUGGCCGUUAAGCUUGCCUCGAAAGCCGGUCUUCCCGGGGCAGAUCACCUGUAUCAGCAGCAGUUUGACAACCUCCUGGCCCAAGGUAAUUUCGCCGAGGCCGCCAAGGUUGCUGCCAACUCGCCCCGUGGCUUCCUUCGCACCCCGGAGACCAUCAACCGGUUCAAGAACGCCCCUCAGACGGGCCAGGGAAUGUCGGUCAUCCUCCAGUACUUUGGUAUGCUGCUUGAUAAGGGUGCUCUCAACCGCUACGAGAGCGUGGAGCUCGUUCGCCCCGUUCUGCAGCAGAACCGCAAGCACCUGCUCGAGAAAUGGAUGAAGGAGAACAAGCUCGAGGCGUCGGAAGAGCUGGGUGACAUCGUUCGCCCGCACGAUAUGAACCUUGCCCUGAACAUCUAUCUCCAGGCCAACGUUCCCCACAAGGUGGUUGCGGGCUUCGCUGAGACCGGCCAGUUCGACAAGAUCCUCACCUACUCCAAGCAGGUUGGCUACCAGCCCGACUACACCCAGCUGCUGCAGCACAUCGUGCGCGUCAACCCCGAGAAGGGUGCCGAGUUUGCCUCCCAGCUUGCCAACGAGGAGGCUGGGUCUCUGGUUGAUCUCGACCGCGUGGUUGACGUCUUCCUGUCUCAGAACAUGAUCCAGCAGGCCACCUCGUUCCUCCUGGACGCGCUCAAGGACAACAAACCCGAGCACGGCCACCUGCAGACCCGUCUCCUGGAGAUGAACCUCGUCAACGCCCCCCAGGUCGCCGACGCGAUCUUGGGCAAUGAGAUCUUCACCCACUACGACCGUGCUCGCGUCUCUCAGCUCUGUGAGAACGCCGGUCUGAUCCAGCGGGCUCUGGAGAACACGGAUGACCCCGCUGCCAUCAAGCGCAACAUUGUUCGUACCGACAAGCUGAGCCCGGAAUGGUUGAUGACCUACUUUGGACGCCUCUCCGUGGAACAGACGCUCGACUGCCUCGAUACUAUGCUGGAGGUCAACAUUCGCCAGAACCUGCAGGCGGUCGUCCAGAUCGCCACCAAGUUCUCAGACCUGCUGGGCGCCAACCGUCUUAUUGACCUGCUCGAGAAAUACCGUACCGCCGAGGGUCUGUACUACUACCUGGGUAGCAUCGUCAACCUGAGCGAAGACCCCGAGGUUCACUUCAAGUACAUCGAGGCCGCUACUGCCAUGAGUCAGAUCACCGAAGUCGAGCGCAUCUGCCGUGAGAGCAACUACUACAACCCUGAGAAGGUGAAGAACUUCCUCAAAGAGGCCAAGCUCACGGAGCAACUGCCUCUCAUCAUCGUGUGCGAUCGCUACAACUUCAUCCACGACCUGGUCCUGUAUCUGUACCAGAACCAGCAGUACAAGUCCAUCGAGGUAUACGUGCAGCGUGUCAACCCGUCGCGGACCCCUGCCGUCGUCGGUGGCUUGCUGGAUGUGGACUGUGACGAGGGCAUCAUCAAAAACCUUCUCUCCACCGUGGACCCUGCGGUCAUUCCGAUCGACGAGCUGGUGUCCGAGGUGGAGACCCGCAACCGCCUGAAGCUACUCCUCCCCUUCCUCGAGGCGACUCUGGCCACUGGCAACCAGCAGCAGGCCGUGUACAACGCCCUCGCCAAGAUCUACAUUGACAGCAAUAACAACCCCGAAAAGUUCCUCAAGGAGAACGACCUGUAUGAUCCGUUGACGGUCGGCAAGUACUGCGAGAAGCGCGAUCCGAACCUGGCAUACAUUGCCUACUCCAAGGGGCAGAAUGACCUGGAGCUGAUCAACAUCACCAACGAGAACUCCAUGUUCCGUGCCCAGGCUCGCUACCUCGUGGACCGUGCCGACUCGGAGAUCUGGAGCUUUGUGCUCAGCGAGAACAACAUGCACCGCCGCUCUCUGGUGGACCAGGUCGUCGCCACCGCAGUCCCCGAAUCCACCGAGCCGGACAAGGUGUCCAUUGCCGUCAAGGCUUUCCUCGACGCCGAUCUCCCCGGCGAGCUCAUCGAGCUGCUGGAAAAGAUCAUCCUGGAGCCCUCUCCGUUCAGCGACAACAGCAGCCUGCAGAACCUGCUCAUGCUCACCGCCGCCAAGGCCGACAAGAGUCGUCUGAUGGACUACAUCCACCAGCUGAACGAAUUCAAUGCGGAUGAGAUUGCCGAGAUGUGCAUCUCCGUCGGUCUGUACGAGGAGGCGUUUGAGAUCUACAAGAAGGUCAACAACCACCUGGCGGCCGUCAACGUGCUGGUGGAGAACGUCGUCAGCAUCGACCGCGCCCAGGAAUUCGCCGAGCGUGUGGAGCUGCCCGAAGUCUGGAGCAAGGUGGCCAAGGCCCAGCUGGAUGGCUUGCGCGUGUCGGAUUCGAUCGAGUCGUACAUCCGUGCCGCCGACCCGUCCAACUACAACGAGGUUAUUGAAACCGCCACGCAUGCCGGCAAGGAUGAGGAUCUUGUCAAGUUCCUGCGGAUGGCACGCAAGACGCUGCGCGAGCCGGCCAUCGACACGGCGCUGGCCUUCUGCUUUGCCCGGUUGGACCAGCUGCCGGAGCUGGAGGACUUUUUGCGCUCGACCAACGUUGCCAACAUUGAGACCUCUGGUGACAAGGCCUACGAGGAAGGAUACCACCAGGCAGCCAAGAUCUUCUACACCAGUAUCUCGAACUGGGCCAAGCUGGCGACCACCCUGGUGCACCUCGAGGACUACCAGGCGGCGGUGGAGUGCGCUCGCAAGGCGAACAGCGUCAAGGUGUGGAAGCAGGUAAACGAGGCGUGCGUCAACAAGAAGGAGUUCCGCCUGGCGCAGAUCUGCGGUCUGAACCUGAUUGUGCAUGCCGAGGAGCUGCAAGACCUGGUGCGCCAAUACGAGCGCAACGGGUACUUUGACGAGCUCAUCUCGGUGCUGGAGGCCGGUCUGGGUCUGGAACGGGCGCACAUGGGGAUGUUCACGGAGCUGGGGAUCGCGCUGUCCAAGUACCAUCCGGACCGGGUGAUGGAGCAUCUGAAGCUGUUCUGGUCGCGGAUCAACAUCCCGAAGAUGAUUCGGGCGUGCGAGGAGGCGAACCUGUGGCCGGAGCUGGUGUUCCUGUACUGCCACUACGACGAGUGGGACAACGCGGCGCUGGCGAUGAUGGAGCGUGCUGCGGACGCGUGGGAGCACCACUCGUUCAAGGACAUCAUCGUCAAGGUGGCCAACCUGGAGAUCUACUACCGCGCGUUGAACUUUUACCUGCAGGAACAGCCGCUGCUGCUGACGGACCUGCUGCAGGUGCUGACGUCGCGGAUCGAUGUGAACCGCGUGGUGCGGAUCUUCCACUCGUCGGACAACAUCCCGCUCAUCAAGCCGUUCCUGCUCAACGUGCAGGGGCAGAACAAGCGGUCGGUCAACGACGCGAUCAACGACCUGCUGAUCGAGGAGGAGGACCACCAGACGCUGCGGGACUCGGUGGAGCAGUACGACAACUACGACGCCGUGGAGCUUGCGCAGCGCUUGGAGAAGCACGAGCUCAUCUUCUUCCGCCAGAUCGCGGCCAACAUCUACCGCAAGAACAAGCGCUGGGAGAAGUCGAUCGCCCUGUCCAAGCAGGAUAAGCUCUACAAGGAUGCCAUCGAGACGGCCGCUCUGUCCAGCAAGGGCGAAGUGGUGGAGGACCUCCUUCGCUACUUUGUGGACAUUGGGAGCCGGGAGUGUUAUGUGGGCAUGUUGUACGCCUGUUACGAUCUGAUCCGGCCGGAUGUGAUUCUGGAAAUGUCGUGGCGCCACGGGCUGCAGGACUUUACGAUGCCGUUCAUGAUCAACCUCUUGUGCGAGCAGACGCGGACGCUGGAGGUGCUGCGGCGGGACAACGAAGAGCGCAAGGCGCGCGAGACGUCGCAGCAGAAGGACGAGGACAAGACACCGAUCCUGGGCGGUUCGCGGUUGAUGCUGACGCAGGGCCCUGCAUCGGCCGCGCAGGCCAAUGGGAUCACCCCCCAGGCGACGGGUUUCCGGUUCUAAAGUCGAUUCUUUUCGAUUCUUUUCUCCCUGGAUUUUCUAUUUUUUUCUUUUUUUUUUCUCUUGUCUUCCUCAUCUUUCUUC